AUGGGGGUAUGCAGUGGAUCAGCUCGGUUGGCUCCGUCCUACAUCAAACCAUGUCCUGGACUAACUGCAGAGUGUUUAAAGAAGACAGUACAAGAAACACUUCCACACUUCGCGGCAGGUAUUCCAACUCUUGGAGUAGAACCCAUCGACCCACUAACAAAAGAUCACGUUGCCCUUACUCUGCCAGGAGAAUUCAAAAUAGAACUGAACAAUGGCUCUAUGACGGGGAUAAGGAAAUGUAAUAUAGAUUCUGUGACAUACCAAAAAGACGAAGCUGAUUUAAAAAUGCAUUGUAAUCUUACUGUAAUGGGCAGAUACAAAGCGUAUGGUAGAAUAUUGAUCGUGACUAUCAACGGGGAAGGCGACGGAAAAGUUAAAGUUAGAAAUGCCUUUCUGCAUGCCAAAAUCAGAUUUGAUAACAAAGUCCGGGAUGGUAUAACAUACUACGAAGUCAAAGAUUUCGACACUUCGUUUACAUACGGUGAUAAAGUAACUUUUGUUUUAAAAAACCUCUUUCAAGGAAACGCUGAGUUGAGUGAAGCUGUUUUACUAUUUUUAAAUGAGAACUGGAAACAGGUAACUGAAGAGUUUGGUAGACCUAUAGUUGAUGAGCUUAUCGAUAUUGUUUAUAAAAUAGUGAAAAAGUUCUUUGAAGUUGUUCCCAAAAAUGAGUUGUUUGUGGACUAG